CAGCGUUGCAGUGGACCUUUCCCCGACUCGCGGGCGGCCCAUUUAGUGCAAUUGCUGUGUAAGACUGUUGGUCAACCUGGGAAACGGGAGCAAAAACCUCCCAUCGGCAAGGUGAAGCCCCGCACUCGGCCCCACACCGGUAACGGCUGCCGUAUUGGGUCAUCGAGAUCGUCGCGAGGAGCCCAUAGUAUUCGAUGUGUUCACUGUGAGCUCAGAUUCCCGCCAAGUCAAGCCUGUGGGCCCCCUCACUGGCUAUUGCAGAUCGAGCCCGUGAAUAUACUAGAUGUGACGAGUGCUGUCAAGCAGAAGCCAUUGGGAUGCUUUUGGCUUGGCGAUGUGGUUGAAGCGUGGGGUAGAUCCCUGAGCCACACCAAGUGA